AUGACUGCCCAGGAAGGACGUCAUCCUCUCACCAAGCAGGAUGUCACAGAGGCAGUACAGAGUUUCAUGGAACUAUACAAACAACUAGUUCUCGAAAAGAGCUUCAAAGGCUACGACACAAAACUCUUAACAGAGGACCUCCGAUUCAUCGAUGCCGAUCCUUCGGGCUCAUGUGUUUGGGAGAUGACCGUCGAUGAGACGUGGUGUAAUAUGAAUGGCGUCCUCCAUGGAGGCGCGUAUGGCGUUAUUUUUGAUAUGUGUACUGCUAUUACCAUGCAGACUAUUUCCAGGCCUGGUUAUUGGGAAUUCCUAGCUGGCGUUACACGAACGCUGAAUAUAUCAUACCUCAAAGCCAUUCCCUUAGGAACGACGAUACGAAUAAACUGCCGAGUUGAGCAACACGGCAAAACAAUGGCUCUGAUUAGCGCAUAUAUUGAGUCUCCGGACGGGAAGAUCAAGUACGCCACUGUUGAGCAUCACAAGGUCCAUGUUCCCGCGAUCAAGGAGUUUGCGGAGCGUCUGCAGGCAUUGAAGGUUGCGAGGAGGAGAGAUAGGGUUAGGCUAUAA